GUUUCAAGGUUGCCAUUAAUGUGUGAAAGAAAACAUAACCUCAACAAAUUUACACAAACAACUAAUAAAAUUUGUAAGAAAAUCGACAAUGAUUUCCGUAUAAAGCUUCGCUAAAAGUACUUUAACCCAAAAAUAUGCCCAAAGUUAGGAGAAGCAAAAAAUCCCCACCCGAAGGAUGGGAAUUAAUCGAACCGACCCUUGACGAACUGGAACAGAAAAUGAGAGAAGCCGAAACCGAAUCGCACGAAGGCAAACGUAAGCAAGAAUCCCUCUGGCCGAUUUUCAAAAUACACCAUCAGAAGUCUCGCUAUAUUUACGAUCUAUUUUAUCGAAGAAAAGCGAUCAGUCGCGAGCUGUACGAGUAUUGCCUUACCGAAAAUAUCGCCGAUAGGAACUUGAUUGCCAAAUGGAAGAAGCAGGGUUACGAAAAUUUGUGCUGUUUACGUUGCAUACAGACGCGUGACACGAAUUUCGGUACGAAUUGCAUCUGUAGAGUGCCCAAGGGAAAACUGGAGGAGGGUCGUAUUGUCGAAUGCGUUCACUGCGGAUGUAGAGGCUGUUCUGGUUAAUGUGGACAAUGAGAAUUUGUUACUCGUAUUAAAUUAUUUAUGUUAAGGAUGCGUUACUAAUAAACUAAUAACCGUGGACAUUU